AUGGCUUGCGCCACAAAUCCAUGGCGGAUCGGCUACAGCCGCGCCGCGAUCCAGAUAUUCCUGAUAGCGUUUUUCGCGCUGAACGCCGUUUUCGCUUGUCUCUACGCGACCGGUUUAUUUACAAGCGAGGCGUUGGAGAAGCAAAAGGAGGAGAUUGUGCAUCUAUGGCAGUCGUGCAUCUACAACCGCUUCGCGCACAUCCAUCGAUUCCAACACCCCUUCCUCCGCCCCGAGACGUGCUCCGAACUCACCAUGGCCGCCGCGAAACGCGGAGAAGCAGGCUUGAAACGCGCGCGAUACUCGCGAGUUCCAGGUUACUACCACCCCGAUAUUGUCGACGGAUGUGCUUCUAGCGAAGGAUCGGCAGAUUCGACUGAUUUUUCUGGAAGAUCGACGGAGGGUUGUCAGCUCGAGUGGGUAGUGUACUCCACGGAGUGCGGAGUGAAUCUGAACCGUCUAGCCAAGCUCUGCCACGUGGCAGGAAUCCCGUUAGCCGUGGUCGGGCUGAAGACGAUGUGGAGAGGAUUCGGCGGCAGGCUCCGGAUUUUCAGGGACUAUCUGCACUCGCUACCAGCUGACAGGGUCGUCAUUGUCUCCGACGCUGAUGACGUGUUCGUCCUGCCAGCUCAGCACUGCCGUCCAGUUGACAUUAUCCAUAAGUUUUUGGAUCUGGGUUCGCCGAUGGUUUUCGGCUCGGAAAAAUACUGCUUUCCUGAUUGGUGGAUCUAUCAAGAUUUUUACCCGAAGCCGUCCCGAGAUACCCCUUUUAAAUACGUGAAUGCUGGCACGUACAUGGGCUACGCAUGGGCUAUAGCGAGCGCCAUUGACGCUGCUUACAUAGGGGAUUGCCUGGACGACCAACGGCAAUUCAUGCUUGUCUUCCUCGGGCAGGACAAACUUUUCAAAGGCCUGCCCCGUGCUCCGACUCCAUUCACCCACGGCCAAAAAUUCUCCCGCGUAAAGAAGCCUCCACUGGCCACGCCUUCCCUGGUCCUACCGUCCCCUCCAUCCGCUAUAGAAUCUUCAGCUGCUCGCUCUUCUCUCUCCUCCUCCUCCCUUUCUUCAAUUUCUCCCGAAUUAAACGCCAGCAAUGUCCCUCGGUUUAUCCAGCUGGAUUAUUUCAACUCCAUUUUCCACCUGCUGGGAGGAUUUGGAGCAGAGGCGUUGGAGAUAGAGGGGGACGGGAGGGGCGGGAGGAGGGAGAUGCGCGUGCGGUCGAAGUUUACGGGCGGAGAGGCGUGUGUAUUUCACCAGCAGGGGAACAAGACGGGCGAUUUGGCCAUGUUUGAUGUGUUCAACGUUAUGGGGAUGGAGGUGCUUUUUGAUUGA